GGACGACCCUUCAUUUGCGCCGUUAGCUCGCAGCUAUGCGCCUCGUGUUUUGAAUUUUGCAUAUUCAGCCACUGUUAUCAUCGCAGUCAUUAAACAAACGCUCGUCCCAAGUGUCCUAUAGCCUAUUCGCAGAAUCCUUGCCCAAUUCAGACGCCAUGGAUAACUGCUCUGUUAUGAGUGAUGAGGAUUACGAUGUUAUAUCCAAUCCCGGUCAGAGGUCUCUCGAGUCCAGCAUAGCAGACCUGAGCCAUAUUCCGACUCAAAACAUAUAUGAACCCCCACCCCUACGAGCUGCCAAAGAGAAGUUCAAUACCGCACGCUUGGCUGCUUCGGACAUACAAUCAUACGUGCGAAAGGGCAUUGACGCGACGACGGCUGGAAGGAGUGCUGGUUAUCCUUCACUGGCAGAGAGCAAGACCGUGCGCGUGUAUGUUGACGGGGCUUUUGACGCAUUCAAUGCAGGACACGCGCUGCAACUACGUCAGGCCAAGCUUUCCUUUCCUAACGUUUACCUAUCAGUGGGCGUCUUCUCAGAUGACCUGUGCCAGAGCCAUGGAAACCUCCCAAAGUACCCGCACAUCGAGAGGCUCGAGCUACUUAGACAUUGUCGUUGGGUAGACGAAGUUAUAUCAGACGCACCAUGGUCAUUAGACGACAACUUCAUUUUCAAAAACAAAAUUGACUACGUGGCCCUCGACGAAGGCUCAUCUGUAGACCCGGAAUUCGAUAAAAUAAGACUCCAGGGAUAUGACACUUUGAAAAAGCUUGGCAGAGUUAUUCCUACUCGGAGAACUUCAGGUCUGGCACCUGUGGAGUUGACUGUUCCUGUUUCGGAAUCUUCUCAAGCUACGCCGUUUCGAAAAGCCCCUGAACUAGAACCAGAGUCAUCAGGGGACCAGGAAGAAGUCAUCAGUGGGAUCAGUGGGCUCAUGCUUGACGGACAAUGGUGAUUCAAUGGCUAAAUACACCUACUAUACCCCUCGUCAGGAUAAGCCUCUACCAGCGCCACAUAAUCUUUGAUGAAGCAAAUCUACAUUUUUACUUGCUUAUCGGUCCUACUAAAAAGGAGCCACUUCAAGAUAUAAAUAAACAUCAUUGGUGUCAUGAAGUGUAGCUACUCAAUGCAAAAAUACACGCCUUCAC